GCCUGUAAUAUCCGUUCCUGAAACGGUUGCGUGUGGGGGUUUUUUUUCCUCUCUAAUCCAUGACGGGAGUGACGACUCUACCUUAACCGCACACACCCCGUGAUCUCCCAGCUUGCAAGGCAUAACAAAGUGGAGAAAAAUGGCGAGCGGGGAGGAGGCUAGGUGCCCCUCCGUUUCCCCCUCUCCGGUCGGCCUCGAGGCCUUGUUCCCGGCCGGCAGGGCGGACCGAGCCGGGGCGGACGCGAACCCGGAGCUCGCGCGCGUCCGCCAGCGGCUGCAGGGCUGGCUGUCGCAACACGAGCCCGCGGCGCUGUGGGUGCAGGGGCUGCUGGUUUGGGAGAGGCCUCUGCACAGCGUCGUCGGCGCGGUCGUGCUCAACACGGCGUUCUGGCUGCUGUCAUCCACGUCCCUGCGCCCGUUGUUCGUCCUGAGCGCGUCCCUCCUCGGGUUCACUCUGAUGGAGAGAUGGAAAGACAAGCUGCCUAAGAUCAGUGUGCGGCAUCCUGAGGCAUCUGAGAUAGAAGGAGACAGCAUGGGUGUGGAGCCCAGGCUCCUGAGCGUGGCUGAGCUCAGCCAUCACCUGGCAGAGAGCUAUCUGACCUGCAGCCUCUACAUCCAGGAGGUGCUUCAGUACAAGCGCCAGAACCAUGGCAAGUUUUGUGCGAUGACGUGCUCCGGAUGCCUCCUGCUAGCCGUGGCUGGUCACUAUAUCCCUGGAAUCAUGAUCUCUUACAUUAUAUUGCUCAGUGUCCUGCUGUGGCCUCUGGUCGUGUACCACGAGCUGAUCCAAAAGAUGUACACAGGACUAGAGCCCAUCUUGAUGAAAUUGGACUACAGCAUGAAGGGAGACACCCAGCGCCGCAAACACGACAAGAGAAAGGUGAAAAAGGAGCAGGACGAGGGAGACGAGCCAAGAGCCGAAACGGAGAGCGAGAGCGAGGAAGAACUCUCGUGUUUUGCUCCCACUGUGGACGUGAAGACCACAGUGCUGGCGAUGGCCAUCACAGAUUCUGAGCUGUCUGACGAGGAGGCUUCCAUACUGGAGAGCGGUGGCUUCUCCGUGUCCAGAGCCACCACCCCGCAGCUCACGGAUGUUUCCGAAGACCUCGACCAGCAGAGCAUGCACAGUGAACCCGAGGAGAGCUUCUCCAGGGACCUGCCAGAGUUCCCCUCUGUGGAUGAGUUCCCAUCUAUGGAGCCUGGACUGUUUCGCUUCCCACUGGGCGUAUUGGGGGCGGCUCGAGCCGAGGGCACCGGUGCCGAGCCCACCGAGGACUCUCAGAGCCCUGCCAGCCUCCUCAUCCAGCAUCUGGCCUCGCCACUUCACUUUGUCAACACGCACUUCAAUGGGCAUGGGCGCCCACCUGGUGGGGCGGGGCCGGCUCCGGGGCCAGAGCCAGGGGAGGGGCGUUGCCCCGCCCGCUCACUGGAGGCCCUCAGUGAGGAGAUUGUGAGCACAGCCAUCUCCACCGUAGUGCAGAACACUCUCUCAGCCCUGUUACGCUCCUCGGAAGCUGGCGAGGGGCCUGCCAUGGCUGAGUUCCUGCCUGCCGAGACGCCACCCUGCCCCAUGGAGUCUCCUCUCAGGUCACCUGUCACGCCAGAGGCGAGUGACGAGGACGUGUCAGCCGAAGCAAGUGGUGAGGAGCAGCCGGACACCACGCUUGUUCCUGUGGAAGAAGAGGAUUUUGAGCUUCUGGACCAAAGUGAACUGGAGCAGAUGGAUGAGGGGCUGGGCCUAGAUUUUGACGGACAGAGAGUGGGGGAUGUCCCAGCAGCAGCAGACACGCUCCCCAGUGGCCAGCGAGAACUGGCUGACCAGCAGGAGUCCUAGCUUGCCUGUUGUUCACACUAAACUGUCCCUUUUAUUUAUAGUCCAUGUAGAUAUAUACCAUACACUGACAUGAAUGUUUUAUGGAUGUGUGUGAAGGUCAUUUCCUGUCAGUUAGGCUAUUUGUGUUUUAUGGGGGAUGAGAUCACUGUGAUUGGUUUUGGGCUUUUGUUUUGAGAACAGGUAAAGGUUGUUCUCAGGUGAACCUAAACAAACCGCAAGUAAUGAAGUUUUAAUUUUAAUGCCAUGUGCUUCUUAUAUAGUGCUGAGUGAAAGUCAGGAUUUUGUCCUUCAUAUCCAGUUCUUACAGUUAAGUGGGCCAGUUUAUUCAGACUUGGCACAAAUCCUGAGUCAAGUUUUUCUUGGUAACAAACAUUGCAAAAAAUAAAUGGAUAAACAAAUGAACAACAAUAAUAAUUAACAGAUAUCACAUAAUCAGUGAGAUCCUAAGAUUAAAUACCACAACUGUAUUGUCUUUCCCACAUCUUGGUUAAUAACAUUUUCUGAUGAUAAUUGUUUCUUUCCAAACUUCUUGUACUUUACAUAGGCAUACUGGCCAGUGUGGUUGUGUGGGGUUUUGUUUGGGGGAGGAGGGUGUAGCGGUGGGGUCCUUGCCUAAUCUGCUUCCGCCCCAUCAAACAAGGCCACCUAUGUUUCCUGCUCCCAAGAAAUGGUCAGUUAUUUCACGAAGCAGGAUUUGUCUGACAGCUUGAGUCACAAGUUAAUAUUGCACAAAUGGUAAUGUUUUCUCUCCUAUUGUGAACAUGCUAGGCUUUUGAUCUAGGUUGAUCUAGCUUGUUGAGAGAACCUGCUUCUUGGAGUAACCAUUUUUUCCAGGUCCCUUUUAGUCCCCAUUCGAAUACUGACUCAGCCUAAUCUAAGAAGACUAAAAAGAAAUUUAGGUGCAUGCAAGCAAGCUAACCAGCCAACCGAGCUGAGAUUAUAUUCUUGUAACGACUGUUCAAUGAUUGGGGAAGGACUGCUUAGAUAUGCAGAUCCUUAACUGUCCUGGUCCUAAAAAAAAUGCCACACUAGCAGUACAGAGAUGUUUUACAUAGCCAUGUUAAUAUAUACUGUUGCGUAUAUGUUAAGUGUUGGGAACUUUUUAUUUAUCAAUAUUGGUCAGUUAUGAAGUAAUAAUCUACAGAUUAUUGUAUGCCUUGCACAGUUGAAACUGAAUUACUAGUAGCGUUUUAUGUUUAUAUUAGGACAUGUUCUAUUUCAAUCAAUUUGGCAUUGAUGUUAUUUCAGAUGUUGCACAGUUCAAAGUUUAGCUAUGAAGAAUGUUGCUCAGGAUGUUUUGUAGUUCUUCGUACUGUGUCUUGAGAAGAAAUCCUGCACAAAAUUAUAUCAAAUUAAGUUCACUUGCUCAAAUGAAGUCCAUAGUUUUGUGUUGUUAAGCACCCACGGGCAGCUUGUUUAUAAUUAUUUUUAUAGUUGUAAGACUAUUGACUGAUGUAGGUGAAGACUUUGAUGCACUAUGAGCAUAGUUUUGGAGCAUAAUAGAUUUUGUGUUCAUUACUCUGGAUCUUGAAAGGCAUGUUAAUAACUAGUCAUUACCUACACAGAGCACCCCUUUACUGCAACAGGCAGCACAACAUGUAGGCUCUGUGCAAAGUCCAGUUGGGCAUUGUCAUGAAGUUGUGUUGUAACAUAAUGUAUUUUAGUUUGUGGGUUUAACUCAUGUUCAUCUGCUCUGCACCUGCCAUGCAGAACAUGUCUAAGACUAAAAUGAAAAAUUUGCUUCCUAGUCUAAUUUGUACAACGUUAAUGUUACGGAUGUUUCCAGCAUGGCAGUUUCUAGUUGUUUUACCCUUUUUGAAGUGCCGACUAUGAGUAUAGGGACUGGAUUAAAAAGACAGGAAUCCCAGAAAAGGAGAAUCUAAAUGCUGCUUGAAGGUUGUAUGCAUCUUUGUAAGAUGUGCUUGACAGUUGUUUUCUAGAAGCUGCCACAAAAGCGGCAUUAAGCUUUAUGCAGAUGUAUUUCAGUUGCACCUUCCCUAUAUAGUUCACUCAUUGCUGCUGGGAUACUAAUAAAGAUGGACUUAACACUUUAGUUUUUGGUAAACUUGUAACCAUUAAUGGAAAAUUCCCACUAUAAAUAUGACGGGUUCUAGCAUUAGAAACACCUUGUCUUACUCGCCUGUGCUAUGGUGCAAAUGUAACUGAAAUAACGGAGGCCAUUAUGAUUCAGAUUACCAUUGAUCAUGUAAAAGCAACAGAAACAGCUAAAGCUUCUUUUUGAAACAAUAUUUUCUGAGAAUGUUUGUGUAUUAGUAGUUGUUUCACUCUUGCUUUCACUGCUUCUUGAUCGAUAAAAGGCACAUCAUUUAACAAAG